GUUCGCGCCAAAACCUGAAAGUAAGGUGCGGGUGUGAGUUCCUUCACUGUUGCUAUGAAAACUAGAUAAAAAAAGCGUGACAGAUCCAACGCUAUGAACGGGCACAGUAGUACAAUGACACCAGCAGAGCUAACCAGUCUGUUAAAGGAAGAUGCAAUUCAGGGUUUGAGCAAGUUGCAGUUGACCAUCAACAGUGACGUCUGCAGCACCAGCAAGGAUGCAGACGUUCUCGGUUUUCUCACAGCUUUGUCUGAGCUCUCUGCUAAGGAAAAAGGUGAAGUUGUCUUCGCACAAGUGGUAGACACCCUUCUUGCAUUAGCAAAAUGCAGACACAUGAGCAAGCAGAAUCUAAAGGUUUGGCUUUCAGCAGCUUUGAAUUUGAUUUCUAAAGCUUGCUCGCAAGGUGCUUUAGCUGUUAAGCUUGUCGACGUGAUGCCGCUGUUUCUGUCUUACGAAGAAUCAGAACUUGUAUCUAACAUGCCUUCCUGGUGUCAACUGAUGUGCCAAGGCCUGCUGAGUGAGGAUGAGCAUGUGCGAGCAGCAGCAGUAACAGUUUUGCAGACUCAAAGGGAAAGCAUACUCGGACGGAGAAAGCUAGCUGCCCACAUGCUCACUGCGAUACAAAAUCGCCUGGUACCGCCACUGCUGAAAUGGUUCAACUGCGACAGAGGAGGUGCUGCCCUAAAUGUUUGGUCAUCCGUUGUGGAGUUUCUGGGCGAUACACUUUGCAGGAGCCCUCCCGGAUUGAUCAACUCUGUCCUGACGAUCGCGGAGAAGGGGUUUCGGUCAACUUCCCCGGACAUUCACUGCCUGUCACUGGACUCCUGGAAAGUACUCAUUGACAGCAUGGCGCAAAACCCAGAAAAACUCAAGUUGGCAAGGUCUCUGAAGCUGCUCAUGACUCCGCUGAAGAGUCCCCUGUCUUCAAAGGUACAAGUGCGGAUGAAAGGCUUGCGCACAAUCUGGUACCUUGCUAGACGGUUGGGAGAAUCACUGCCCGAUGCAUUUGAGCAGGUUGGCCUGCCACUUCUUGAAAAUGUGAUCUCAUUUCUCACAAAUGAAAAGGAUGAUGCAUCUUCUGAAGAUAAGCACGAGCUCAAAACUGAGUGUGUUCAUCUGCUUCUACGUCUUCUACAACCACCAGACGAGACAGAUAUAUUUCACAUCCCAAUUGAUCCACUGCAUUGCUCGUUGCCCAUCACAUUACUUAGUCGUCACAUUGCAACGUUUGAGAAAGCCUGCCAUGGUGCCUUCACCUUUCUGCACAAAGGGGAUAGUACUCAGGAUGAGAUCACCAACCUUCUCGGACACUUUCUCAUCCAGCGAGCCAUGGAAGCACACGGCGUCACGAAUAUUCGGGUUGUGUCUUCUAUACUCAAGCUAAUUAUUCAGUCAGUGGGAAAGCACCUGUCACCGUCUACAAGCAUGAAAGUGCUGCAGGAGGCAAGCCAGAUGCCCGAGAAGCUUCUUUUGUCCCACUCCUAUUACUCCGGGAAAUCUGGCGUCUUACAUGGCACACCUGCACUUUCACUGAUGGAGCUUGUGUUUGACCCAGUUAUUGUCAAUGACUUUUGCUGUGAUGCACAAUAUUUGGUGCUAUUUCGGCGUCUCGUUGAUGUGGGGAUGGAAAGCUCUUCGUGGCUUCACUUUGCCCAAGGUGUCAUCACACUUCUAGAUCGCAACUCCCUCAAUGUGCCCUUGGGUCCUAUGUGGACCAGCUUUGCCCAGUCCCUACAUGCAUGCGUCAUUCGGAACCAAGAAGUCAACCAAGGGAACCAGCUGGAGCAUGACUUCUCAGCCUUGGUUGCAGCCUUGCGUUUUCCUUUUCAGCAUCUCUUUUCAAACCCUCAUUUCAGCAGCAAGAAGGGAGUAAUGAAAAUUUGGACUGGGAUGUACAUAUCCUUUGCCUGCUGUGCUGCCCUGGUGCCCACAACACAGCCAAACACGUCUUGCCAUGUGUUCUGCCAUGCGCUCUAUGCGAGCCUAACUUCGACGUUGAAAGAGGACAUCACCUACGUGCAGUUUGUCUGCGAGGCACUUGUGGUCGUCAAUGAACACAUCAGCAAAAGUGCCAGGGGAACGAAGAAGGAGAAUGGCGUCACACCACCAAAAUGGGACACACACUCUCGGCAGAGGAACUCUACCCCACUGGGAAACUUGCAUUGGUAUGUGUGUGCAUUGGCAUGGUGCCUCGAAGCAACAGCUGUGGCUGAGCAGAAACUUCGUGAAUCCUACAACACACAAUCUUCUGAGGUGAAAAAUGCGUUACUUGGAGCUGCACAGAAUUCGCUACGCCUGGUACAGGAAUUCUUCCAGUUUUUGCGUGCCUCAACACACAUCGAAGAGGCACUGAAACUGUUAGGACCACCAUUAGCUCCACUAUUUGCCGUCACAAAGAACAAGCUCGCCAACAAGAGCUACGCAAGCAGUGUCAAUCCUAAGCUAGAGGCGACAUUGUCCGCUCUGGUGACCUGCACGACAACGCACUACCUUGGUCCACGUGAUGGAUCGUUGCUGCCUGUGCUGGGGCCGCUGCUCGAGUCUGCCAUUCUUCAUCCGCGCACAAUAAUUCACGAGCGCGCUACUCAACUGUGGCAAGCACUCUUCGGUCAGGCUUCUACGCACCUUAACGUUCCUUCAUCACUUAGGGAGGUGCUAGAGAAAGCAAGAACUCGUUCUCUUCCCAGUUUUGUGUCUGUCGACGAUUGCAUUUCGAGUCAAGCUACGUGCUCCACCCAGGAUGACCUUUUCAUUCCUGAUGCAAGGCUGCCCAUGCCAGCUAAAAUGGAUGCAGUGGUACCCUGUUUCCCAGUUAAGACUAUUCUUCCCACUACUCCAAAGCAGAAGAAAUUGAGAUUGGAAGAGAUGAAAGAUGACGAGUUUGUGGCUAUUGAAUCUCCUUCAUCAAAGCGGGCUGUGCUUACGGAACACCAAAAAGAAGUUUUCAGAGAGAGGAGGCCUCUUCCAGCACUGUACAGUAAUCUAUCCCAGGAUGCCACAAACAUGACAUCAUUUUCUGAAACUCAGGAUACAGAAGCAGUGGGUAUCUCCGAGCAACCGCAUCAAAUAGCAGAGGAGGCACGGGAGGAAGUAGUCGUGCUCGACUCUGAUGACGAAUUGACGGAACGUGGAGAGGAGGACAAAGUGACUAUUGGACCAGACAAGGAUGCAGAAAGUCCGAACUCAUCUGAAGAAGCUGGUGUUGCCUUAUCAGCUGACCUCGAGCACACCGAUUGUGUUGUGCCAGAAACGCAGGACCCUGAAAAUAUUAGUUUGGUCACUGCAGAAGUUCGUGUCAUGUUAGGAAAAAAGAUAGAUGUGAGCCAGUAUCCAAAUUUAAAAAUCAGUCAGCAGAGUCCGCGUAGCCAGCCAGGGAGCAGCAGUCCUAAGGUACACAAGCCCAAGAGGAAAUUAUCAUUUGCCCAGAAACCCAGCGUGAUAGUAGAGGAAGAAGCAGAGGCUGCACAUCUCAACGAAGAUGAUAUUGUUCCGAGUUCCCAGUCAAUGGAGGCUAGCACGGGCUCUUCUUCAGAACCUACUUCGAGUGGCGAUAUCGGCACGCCUGAAAGUUUGGACCCUGAAGACGUGAUAGAGGGAACCCAAGAAGAGGGGCCUGAAGAAAAAAGCUCAGGAGCGAAAAAGAAGGUUCAGAAGCCUCGGGGUAAGAGAAAGAUGACACGUAUAAGGAAGAAAGAAUGUGAAACGGAAAGCAGUAAGCAGCUUGCCAAAGGAAGUAUUGAUCAACUGGAUGUGGCUGCAUGUAAUGGUGUACCAGAAAAAUCAAGCGAAAGCACUGCAUCUCCAGUGCAUGUAGAUCUGGGACACACGGAAGCACACCUGGACGAUGUAAUAUUACCGAAGCAUGACGUAAUGGAUACAACAACAGAACAAAGUACCGAGGAAGGAGUAGGAAAUUCAGAAUCAAGCGUCUCUCGCACAAACCCCGACAGUUUAAUGCAUGGAUCAGAAGAACCUCAGUUAGGCAUGAGUGACAGCCAGAGUGUGCAUCAAGACCUUGAGAACGCACCAGCAGAUUCAAACGCCGAAAGCAGAACGCGGAAGAAUCAAGGGCACAGAGGACGUUUUCAUGUGAGAAGCCUUAAAAGGAGAAGAAUGAAAAAGGGAAAAGCUGCAGCGAACAGGUUGAGGAAGAGAACGGGAACAGAUACGGGCGAUGUAAGUCCCACGGAGAUGAGUCCAGAAGGGCACGCUUCAGAUCCGAAAGCCGCAGACGGGGAGCAGGGCAAUGCAAAAGCUCCAGAUGUAAUGGAACCUGCCACUGAAAAUAACUCCGAGGACGUGACCUCCUCAUUAAUCGACGACGCGUGGAAAAGUGACGGGGAAAGUAAGUCGUCGCAGGAGAGCUCUACUUCGCUGCAUAGCCCCUCUGCCCCCACAAGAGUUCGCCACAGUACACGUACCCGGAAGAGAUCUGCCCGCGUAGUGGAAGCAGAGGAGUCCGACGUGUUGCUAAAACGCGCAAAGAUGGCUAACGUAGCAGACACGGGUACCAAGGACAUAAAAUCUUAUUUUCUUUCCGUCGCGGAGGAGCCGAAGCAGGAGCAAGAUUCCUCUUGGGACAGCCUGCGUAACGUCGAGAAGGAACUUCAGCCCGAGGACGGUGUAAGCCCACUGCCGCGAGACAACGACCCUUCAGAGUCGAGCGUGUGCUUCCUCAAAGGCAGCAGUCAGGUCUACGGCAAGCAAAGCGUUUGCGACAGCAACAUGGACCGUCAGUUCAACGCGCUACUCUCGCGUACAAAAGAUUGCACCUCCGAAGAUUGUAUACUUGUAAGCGAGAGCCAGCAGACACAACCGUAUGAAGUUAUCAUUCACGAUGAGCUUCCACUCGGCAGUGCUGAUAAAGAAUUGCCAAACCACCCAGUUAUCAGUGAAACUGAGGAAACUCAGCCGUGCUGUGGCAGCAUGACUGAGGAAGAAGUGUGCUUUAACCCAAGAUCGGCGCACUCUCGGGAACAAGAAGUAGAAGACGUAUCUCUCAUCCGUGAUGUAGUUGCACUUCAUGUUGCGAAUGAUGAUAAGGGGCUGCAAAACUUUGAGUGCAGCGAGCAGUUUGAAUUGGCAGCUGACACUGUGGCUCGUUGUAUCGCAGUGUCGUGCGCACCAGAAUGUACCCCAACAAAGGAGCAAUCUACAGAACCACGCCUAACGAAAUGUAGUCCUCCAUCUAGUCCCGGAGCAGCUGAUUACGACAUAUUUAAGAUGGAAGAAACGGUAUCGAGUUCCUGCGUCACCUUGCCAGAUGACGUGUGUAUCGAAGUAACAACAACGACAACCAAGGAUCAAGAACAAGCAGACAUUUGCACAAUUGUGGAUGAUGCAGUUGAGAUUCACAGGCCAGUAGAGCAGGGCACAUGUGGUGAUCAAGAACAAUUCGAAAAAGGUGACACGGUUACCACAGAUCACUCAUCUUCUACGGAGGACAAGACAAUGAUGGAGGACAAAGAUGUGGCUAGCCAUGUUGUCACUUGUCCCGAAACGGCAGAGGCAAUCGCCGUGACAGAAUCGGGGCCCUACGAACUAGUUCGUGCGGAACAAGUUUUUGGUUCGCCCUCUAGAAAGGUGUGCGGAGCCAAGAAGAGGAAACUUCCCUUCCACUAUGUGUCUCCAGUUGCCAGCAGACUUCGCUCCAAGAAUUCUCACGUGUCGAUAAUGGGUGAUGCUGGGUCACCCGCAAAUGGCACAAGUAACAUGCCCGGCAUUAUGGGAUCUCCAGAGCGAGCUGCUUCCCCGUCGAAGAAAACCCCACGGCCAGGAGGGACUUCGUGUCCUUCUCCCUUGUCACGCAGUCAAAAAAUGGUGGAUGCAGCGAAAAGGCUAGUAGCAGAACUGUCCCCCAGUAGCAAGGCGAGACACACCCACGAGACAGUAAGGGAUGAAGACUCUCGGAGCCUCGUUGGAAUACUUAAGAAAGAGGGGUUGUCAAACGGAGAAACACGUUCACCACGACGUAAGUGUGUCUCCUUUGCCGAUCCUAUAAUUGGAGGCGUAUGCCCGAUACCCAAGUUACAAAAAAGGAGAUGGAAAUCGCUGGAUUCAUUUUAUGCUCCUAAGGAGGAAGAUCUUGCGGAGGAAGUUAUAGAAAAUAGCCAAGCACCACUGUGUGAACAGUUGACUCACUGCUCGGAGCCCAUUGAAAAAAUAGUCCCAUUCAUCACUACCAGUACAUGGGCAAGUGGUCUCUGUCACUACUUUGAGGAACAGAACUUGAGAACAGUAGGAGACCUGAGUUCUCUGACACCAGCUCAAGCACUAUCUAUACCUGUCAGGCCCCCAAAGGUGGCCACACUGCAAGAAGGAUUGCAGACGUACCUUGCUGUGCUUGCAUCCCCGUCAGAUACAGAUAAACCACAAGGCAAUGACGGGAAACAGGAGCAGGACAGUGAGCAAAGGGAUGUUGAAAGUACUGGAUCUGAGGAAGUAUGUUCCAUGUCUACUGCAGGUGAUGGUAUGCUGGAAACAGAAGUUGCCACGUCAGAAGACGAAGCAGGGCCACGUAAACGUGAUUCUCAACUAGGGGGCAACACUGUGGCUGAUGUGGACACUUUAUGUGAUAUACUCAUUCAUUUGACACCCGAAGUCAUAUCUAGGCUUCCUUUCGACAAACAGCUCGCCCUGUUGGACAAUGUUGUUCAGGGACUCAAACUCGGCGCUUGUACAGAAAAAGUUUGGUCUUAGUUAGAUCUUCCCAUCCAUCUCACUGGUUUUUAGAUAUGUUGCUCCCACACCUUUUUUUGUUACAUAGUGUGAUAAUGCCACUAGUUUGUAAAGCUUGUUUAGAUAUAUUUACAUUUUUGUGAACAUUUUAACGGUGAACAAUCAGCUUGUCCAAUAGCUUAUGUCACAGUGCUUGGUGUCGGAAUACCAAAGUGCAAAAGGACAGGGAGCAAGUCUCUUUAUUUAAUUUUAUUUUUUAUGGUGAGUGACGGGAGUGUGUACUUUUACACUGCUUAUAAUGAAUGCUUUGCUGCACAUACUGCAGUUGUAGUGAACGAGAGCCAGCAUGGCCCCUUGGGGCUUCCCUUCCAAGAGACAUUCAGCCGUACACUAUUUCAGCUUUGGUUCGGCUGUUACUACUUCAAAUGUGGCAAGUUAAAAUGCCUCACUCUGUCGUAGCUCGUAGUGGGGGAGGGGAGACCAAAUGCUUCGCUAUUGAAAUAGGGGGUGGGGGUGAUCCUUCCCUUGGUUCUGCCCAAAGUCUAUGCAAGAAAGCUUAACCUGAAUCUUUGUUGUGACAACAGUACAAUGUGUGAUCUUUUGUCCCCCUAGGUAGCCUCGUACAUAUGCAGGGGUAUCUAAGGCAUUGUAAAUAAACUUGUCCAUUUUA